UUAUUCUAUUUUUAUUUAGUAGGCUUAUUUGCGAAAAUCAAAAAGAACAAAAUAUUUGCUAUUUUUAGAGUAUAAGUUUUGUAUUUUAAAGAAAGAAAAUUACAAAAAUAUGCUUUGUAGGUUUUAAUUUUGCUUAGACAGUUAUUUAUUUUAAGAUUUUUUUUUCUUUCUUUUCAGUUAUCUAGAAUUAGUUAUUAAAUAUAUAUAUAUAUAUUUGUUUUUAUUUAUUUAUUUUUAUUUUUACAUUAAAAAAAAAAUGAUGAGCAAAUGGGAUUACACCACCUCAUCACAUAAUGACAAAGCUCCGUAACAAACCUUAUCACAAAAAUAAGAAAAAGGGGGUCACGUUUUUGGUGGAAACAUUUUUUCAUAAAAAGGGGAUAGCAAAAAGGGGGCCCGCGGAUUUAGGGUCUGUUUUUGUGCACAAAGGAACACGUGAAUUGGGGGAUUAUUGUUAGGGGUGGGGACCACGAAGGGACCUAUAUCAUAUUCAAUCAAAAAAAAAAAAAAAAACCAGGAGGAGCAUCGUUAAAUAUAGAGAGCAGCUUUGUUUUUUUUUCGGGGGGGACUGCCUACUCUUUUGAUAGCAGUAGCCCACUAUACUUCUCUUCCAACACCUGAACUUUCAGCCGUCAUCCAACACCAUAUGAGCUCCACCAUUAGCUCAUCAUCUUCAUCUCCCUUAAACAUCCAAAGUUUAUGAAAAACAGAGUACCUUGAAUCCACUAUGAUUUCGGGUCUCGUAUCUCGUUUUUUGGGCUGAGUUAACGAGGUCGAGGUUGUUGUUUGAAGUCCUGCUUGGGGUUUCUGGCCGCUGGUUCCGCUCAAUGUCGCCGGUGAAAUAUGCGGGUCAAUAGCUUCAUCGAGUUCCUGUAACUUAAACAAAGAUUCAUCUAUACAAAGGUCCAUGGUCCUGUUUGCUUUCAAGUUUAGUCCGCAUUUUUCCUCUGUAAUCCAAUGCUUGGAGAUAUAAAUAGUUAUCAAUACAAUGAAGGAAGUUUUACGCCAUUAAGAGAAGAGUUAAGGUAAAAGUGGUUGGUUUGUGGCCAUACUGGCAACGCAUCAUUAUUUCACAAGGUCAAAGGGCAGUAUCGGAAUGACGGAAGGGACUUCGCUACCGAUGAUCAACAUGGGGGAUGAAACGGAACGGGUGGCUCAACAAGAAUCUGCCAUCGCCGAGGAGAAUAGAAUUCUCAGGCAACAAAUGAUUGAGAUGUUGCAAGGAUGGUCGAAUGGUCAACAACCUCCUCAGUCAAUCCCUGGGUUCCCCGACAUCACUUCCGUCGCACAGGCAUGCUCACAAGCACCGUUAUCUACUGCGGAAGACCCGGUAUACCCACCUGGGUUCGGUCAUUACACCAAUUUGCCGAAUACGGCGGAAACUUCUGUAGGUCGUCCUCCAAGGGUACCAAUCAGGACCGAUCAUUCCGGGAUUGCAACCACUGGGCCUGCCUACACAUACUCACUGUCUAACCCCAAUCAUGUUGCAAAUGUAAGACCCGUUUACACAAUACCGCCACCUGCGGUUAUGCAAAGGUCAAACCUUGUGCCACCAUCUGACAUCCGUCAAGAGCAGCAUUUUGCACCCGAUUUUGCAUUUGGGGCUCCUGAUCCUUAUCAUCAGACUCUACAUUUUAUUCCUCUAAUCGAUUCUGAAGGACCUGCUAAGAAUGCGGUUACGCAUCUUGGCCAUGAAUAUAGAGGUCCUGCUAAGAAUGCGGUUACGCAUCUUGGCGCUGAGUAUGGAGUUGCUACUAAGAAUGUAGAGCAUGACGAAAUGGUUAGGAAGAUGAAAAGUCUAGAACAAGCUAUAAAGAACUUGCAUGGAUCAGGAAGCUAUAAAAGCGUUUCAUACAGUGAUUUGUGUAUGUUCCCGAGUGUUCACUUACCUCCGGGGUUUAAGACACCGAAGUUUGACAAGUACGAUGGGCACGGUGAUCCCAUAGCUCAUUUGAGGAGAUACUGCAACCAACUGAGAGGAGCUGGGGGUAAUCAGGAAUUGCUCAUGGCUUACUUUGGGGAGAGUCUGACUGGUUUAGCUUCGGAAUGGUUUAUUGAUCAGGACAUUGUGAAAUGGCAUACUUGGGAUGAUAUGGCAAAUGAGUUCGUGCAACAAUUUCAGUACAAUAUUGAUCUGGUUCCUGAUAAAAAAUCUCUAACCAACCUGAAGAAGAAAGUUACCGAAAGUUUUAGGGAGUUUGCGGUUCGUUGGCGUGAACAAGCUGCAAGGGUAAAGCCACCAAUGAGAGAAGGAGAGAUGGUGGAGACUUUUCUCCAAGCACAAGAUGAGACAUAUUAUCAACACAUGAUCCCAGCCUUAGGAAAACCGUUCAUUGAGGCCAUUAAAAUGGGAGAAAUAAUAGAAGAAGGAAUCAAAACAGGACGCAUUGUCGGCUUUGCCGCGUUGAAGGCAACAACCCAAGCCAUUCAAAAUGGUUCAGGGAGUUUUGGUGGAAAGAAGAAAAAGGAAGACGUAGCUACGGUUGCGCCUGGGCUACGGCGAAACCCGAGGGGCCCGCCUCGCCAAUACACUCAACCCCAACCCCAACCCCAACCCCAAAACUACACCCAAGAUCCAUAUAAUUACCCACAACACUACUUCCCUCCCCAAAACCCACAAUAUUCUAUUCUGCCCCCUCAGUACCCCAUAUACAGUACGCAGCCAUAUGUCCAGCCCCCUUGUUACCCGCAAUGGCGUGCACCAACCCCGCAAGUCCGUCCUCCACCUCCACAGACUUACCAAGGCCCUCCCAGAUCCAAUUUUCGGCCCAGGCCGGAGUACAAAAGGGCAAAUACGGUCAAGGAUAACUUUACCCCCAUUGGGGAAUCAUAUGCUGAUUUGUUUCAGAAGUUGAGGGCAUUAAAUGUUUUAAGCCCAAUUGAAGGAAGGAUCCCAAACCCUCCUCCGAAAAAUCUUGAUUACUCUCAAAGAUGUGCUUAUUGCUCUGAUACCCCGGGACACAAUAUAGAGAAAUGUUGGUAUUUGAAGAAAGCAAUCCAAGAUUUGAUUGAUACACAACAAAUUGUGGUGCAAAAUGCAGAUAUACCGAAUAUCAAUCAAAACCCACUACCAAAUCAUAAAGAAACAAACAUGUUGGAGUUGAUCUAUGGUAGUGAUGGGUCUGAUGUUCCAUACAAGCCUAUCAUGAAGAUUGAAGCAGGCGUGGAGAAAUCAGUAAAUGUGGCAGAUUCCGCAAAAACAGCACCUUUGGGGUUAAAUGAGGUUACAAAGAGACCAAUCCAGUCAGACGCGAUGAAACCCUUAUUGAUUGUGAAGGGAGCUCUAGAGAAGGUUGGGGCAAGUCAGGGAAAACCAAAGUUGAUCGUGCCAGGGGUGUCGAGCAGGCCUAUUUUAACUGUCAAAGGGGCGUUCACCACUCCUAUCAUUAUUAAGCCAGUGACACAACUUUCAAUAGUUGAUGCUAAGGCGGUUCCCUGUAAUUAUAAUCAGACUAUGGUUACUUACCAAGGGAAGGAAAUCAUCAAAGAAGUAGACGAAGUAGGGGGCCUGACUCGUUCAGGAAGAUGCUUCGCUCCGGAAGAGUUAAGGAAAACCAAGCAGGUAAGGGAAGGCCAAAUACCCGUUAAGAAACCAGUAACAGAGGAAGAAGCUGAACAGUUCUUGAAAAAGAUGAAAUUGCCAGACUAUUCCAUUGUGGAGCAAUUAAGGAAAACCCCUGCUCAAAUCUCUUUGUUGUCUUUAUUAAUACACUCAGAUGAACACCGCAAAGCUUUGUUGAAGAUUUUGAAUGAAGCUCAUGUCCCUACUGAGAUUACGGUUAAUCAAUUGGAGAAAAUUGCUGGGAGGAUCUUUGAGGUAAAUAGAAUCACUUUCUCAGAUGAUGAACUACCCGUUGAAGGUACUGGACAUAACCGAAGCCUUCAUAUUACUGUAAAAUGUGAGCUUUCCUAUGUCACGAGAGUUUUGAUUGAUGGGGGCUCUGGUGCAAACAUUUGUCCUCUGUCAACCUUACAAAAACUAAAUGUAAGUACUGAAAGAAUUCGACCAAAUAAUGUGUGUGUUAGAGCUUUUGAUGGAGCGAAAACUGACGCCAUCGGUGAGAUAGAUCUUGUGCUUACAAUAGGGCCUGGUGAUUUUACCAUAGAUUUUCAAGUAUUGAACAUCAAUGCCUCCUAUAAUAUGUUGUUGGGAAGACCGUGGGUACAUAUGGCUGGGGCAAUCCCAUCCACAUUGCAUCAGAUGAUCAAGUUUGAAUAUGAUAGGCAGGAAGUGAUCGUUCACGGGGAAGGGGAUUUGUCCAUUUAUAAAGACUCCACUGUUCCCUUUAUCGAAGUGGAUAAUGCUGAUGAAACACUGGUGUAUCAAGCUUCUGAUAUAGUGGUAGCUGAGCAGAUCCCUGAAGGGAAACCCAUUCUGAGACCGCAGUUGCCUCCAACAUCUGUUAUGGUGGUAAAUGAAAUGUUGAAAUAUGGUUUUGAGCCAGGAAAAGGCUUGGGGGCUUCUCUACAAGGUAUGGUUUAUCCGGUGUGUCCACGUGAGAGUCCAGGUCCAUUUGGUCUGGGGUUCAAACCAACGGCUGAAGAUAGAAAGAGGGUUAAAAAGCGAAAAAAAGAAGCAUGGUCACUUACUAAGCCUGUGCCACCAAUCUACAAGUCCUUCGUCAAGAAUACCAGCAGUUUUUCCCAGCCAGUACUGGAUGUGGAUUUUGGGUUGAUUGGGUGUUUCCAGAACUUGUUUGUUGAAGCUGAUAUGGUUGAAAUGGGAGGGGGUCCCAGUAACGCGGAUGUGCAGUUCAUUGGCCAUGAUGUCCAACUCAGCAAUUGGGAAGUCACUCCUCUCCCAACCAGGAAGGAGUUUUGUUCUGUUUGUGCUGGUUCUAAUGAUAUGACAUGCAUGCGGAAUUCUCAGCCAGAUUUUAAAAUCCGACCUAACCAUGAAACAAUGAACCAAGAAGUUGAAUAUGAUGAAGAAGAAGUAUUUCAGGAAAUAAAAUUAAUCCAGGCUUUGUUUAAAUAUAAGGAUGUUUUUGCAUGGUCUUAUGAUGAUAUGCCGGGUUUAAGUACUAAAUUGGUGGUUCACAAAUUGCCAACUGACCCCACAUUCCCUCCUGUGAAGCAGAAAUUAAGGAAACUAAAAUCAGACAUGAGUGUGAAGGUUAAAGAAGAAAUCGAAAAACAACUUGAGUCCAAAGUCAUCCGAGUCGCUCGAUACCCUACUUGGUUAUCCAAUGUUGUCCCCGUUCCGAAGAAGGAUGGCAAAACGCGUGUGUGUGUGGAUUAUCGUGAUCUAAACAAAGCAAGCCCGAAGGAUGACUUUCCAUUGCCCAAUAUCCAUAUUUUGUUAGACAACUGUGCUAAGCAUGAGAUUGCGUCUUUUGUAGAUUGCUACGCAGGGUAUCACCAGAUCGUUAUGGAUGAUGAUGAUGCAGAGAAGACAUCCUUCAUCACAGAAUGGGGUACAUAUUGUUAUCGAGUCAUGCCGUUUGGGUUGAAGAAUGCUGGGGCAACAUAUAUGAGAGCGAUGACCACCAUAUUUCACGAUAUGAUGCAUAAAGAAAUUGAAGUAUAUGUGGAUGAUGUGAUCAUUAAAUCAAGAAAGCAGUCUGACCAUGUCAAGGAUUUGGUGAAAUUUUUCGAAAGGCUUCGCAGGUACAAUCUUAAGCUCAAUCCAGCGAAAUGUAUAUUUGGAGUUCCGUCAGGGAAACUUUUGGGGUUUGUAGUCAGUCGGCGUGGUAUUGAAUUGGAUCCUGCAAAGAUCAAAGCUAUUCAGGAGUUACCACCGCCAAAGAACAAAACCGAGGUAAUGAGCCUACUUGGGAGGUUGAAUUACAUUAGUCGAUUUAUUGCUCAACUCACAACAACUUGUGAGCCCAUUUUUAAGUUGUUAAAGAAGAAUGCUGCGAUUGAAUGGACUGACGAAUGCCAAGAAGCGUUUGACAAAAUCAAGAGGUAUCUGUCGAAUCCACCUGUAUUGGUUCCUCCCGAGCCUGGGAGACCUUUAAUAUUGUACCUAUCAGUCCUGGACAAUUCCUUUGGUUGCGUAUUGGGUCAACAUGAUGUUACAGGCAAGAAGGAACAUGCAAUCUAUUAUCUCAGCAAGAAGUUUACUACUUAUGAGGCUAAGUACACUCAUCUAGAAAGGACGUGUUGCGCUUUGACUUGGGUUGCACAAAAAUUGAAACAUUAUCUUUCGUCCUACACUACUUAUCUUAUCUCCCGCUUGGACCCUUUGAAGUAUAUAUUUCAGAAACCCAUGCCCACGGGCAGGCUUGCAAAAUGGCAGAUAUUACUCACGGAGUUUGAUAUUUCGUAUGUGACUCGGACCGCGAUGAAAGCCCAAGCCUUGGCAGACCAUCUGGCGGAGAACCCAGUGGAUGAAGAAUAUGAGCCAUUGAAAACGUACUUUCCUGAUGAAGAAGUGUCAUGCCUCGAGGAGGUCAUUCCGGAUAACGAUCCGGGUUGGAAGUUGUUUUUUGAUGGGGCUGCUAACAGGAAAGGAGUUGGGGUAGGGGCCGUUCUUAUCUCAGAAUCAGGACAACAUUACCCUGUAACAGCCCAGCUUCGAUUUUAUUGUACCAACAACAUGGCGGAGUAUGAAGCUUGCAUUUUGGGUUUAAGGUUAGCUAUCGACAUGGGGAUUCAAGAAUUAUUGGUAUUGGGGGAUUCAGACUUGCUAGUCCACCAAGUUCAAGGAGAGUGGGAAACCCGCGAUUUGAAGCUUAUACCAUAUCACCAGUGUUUGCAGGAUCUUUGCAGACGGUUCAUAACAGUAAAAUUUAAGCACAUUCCUAGGAUUCAUAAUGAGAUUGCUGAUGCUUUGGCCACCUUGUCUUCAAUGCUCCAGCACCCAGACAAGGCUCACAUUGACCCUUUACAUAUACAAACUCACAAUCAACAUGCUUAUUGCAAUACAGUUGAAGAGGAACUUGACGGUGAGCCUUGGUUCCAUGAUAUUAAAGAAUAUACCGAGUCGGCGAAAUAUCCAGCACAUGCUACCAGUGACCAGAAGAGAGCUAUUCGACGAUUGGCAAGCGGAUUUUUCUUAAGUGGAGGAAUUUUGUAUAAAAAGACUCCAGAUUUAGGACUUUUGAGGUGUGUAGAUGCUAAAGAGGCUACAACUAUCAUGACUGAGAUACAUUCAGGAGUUUGUGGACCGCACAUGAACGGGUAUGUUUUGGCAAAGAAAAUUCUUCGAGCAGGCUAUUACUGGCUCACCAUGGAGCGGGAUUCCAUCCGUUUCGUUCGUAGGUGUCAUCAGUGCCAGGUACAUGGCGACUUGAUACAUUCUCCUCCUUCAGAAUUGCACACAAUGUCUGCUCCAUGGCCUUUCGCAGCUUGGGGGAUGGAUGUGAUCGGACCAAUUGAGCCGAAAGCGUCCAAUGGGCAUAGGUUCAUUUUGGUGGCCAUCGAUUACUUUACAAAGUGGGUGGAAGCAGUAACUCUCAAGUCGGUGACUAAAAAAGCCGUGGUGGAUUUCGUUCAUUCCAACAUCAUUUGCAGGUUCGGGGUCCCGAGGACAAUGAUUACAGAUAAUGCGGCGAAUCUCAACAGUCAUCUGAUGCGUGAGGUAUGUCAGCAGUUUAAGAUUACACAUCGGAAUUCAACUCCAUAUCGUCCGAAGGCAAAUGGGGUUGUGGAAGCUGCUAAUAAGAACAUUAAAAAGAUACUGCGCAAAAUGGUGCAAGGUUCGAGACAAUGGCAUGAAAAGUUGCCUUUUGCUUUAUUGGGUUAUCGCACAACUGUUCGCACUUCAGUAGGUGCAACUCCUUAUUUGUUGGUAUACGGGACCGAAGCGGUUAUACCUGCAGAAGUUGAAAUCCCGUCCCUUCGAAUCACUGAGGAAGCCGGAAUUGAUGACGAUGAGUGGGUCAAAACCCGUUUAGAGCAAUUGAAUCUGAUUGACGAAAAGAGAUUAACAUCGGUAUGUCAUGGUCAACUGUAUCAAAGGAGGAUAGCACGAACACACAACAAAAAGGUGCGCCCCAGACAUUUUGAAGUGGGUCAAUUAGUGUUAAAGCGGAUUCUUCCACAUCAGGCAGAGGCCAAAGGCAAGUUCGCCCCAAAUUGGCAGGGGCCAUUCGUGGUGAAGAAGGUUUUGCCCAAUGGUGCUUUGUAUCUGACAGACAUAGAAGGCACAAUGUCUGAAACUGCCAUCAAUGCAGAUGCAGUGAAAAGAUAUUAUGUAUGA